GAGCUGCUCUGAGCUGCAGUAGCACUCACGGCUGGAGCCAGAGCCCAGCGAUUGAGCGAACCAGUGGGGACAGAGACCCCGGCGUAGGGGCGGCGGCGGGUAGCAGGUUGCUCGAGCCAGGGCCGCGGGCUUUCCGUGUCUCGCAACCUCGCGCUCGGGGUGCAGCAUCCGGCUCCGGGGAAGGGACCCGGGCGCCGCCCGUCCCACCCUCGCCGCACCGUGGGAACCCCAUGCGGCGGCGGUCCCCGCGCGCGUGAAGCCGCGGCUCCUCCGAGCCCGCCCCGGACUGAGGCAGGACGAGCGAGCGGCUCGCGCCUCCCGCUUUCCUCCAGCUCCCGGGCCAUGGCCGGAGAUGCCCGGUGAGGAGUGGUGCUCCGAGGGCUGGGGUGUGGAACGAAGCAGCGGCCUGGAUGUGUGAACCGUCCCUAUGGCUCCGCAGGAGGCGAAGCCCCAGGGCCCGAGCGAAGCUGGGCCAGCGGCGCGGGAGCCCAGGGACCGGCCCCGGGAGCGUGUGCUCUGCGGGGCGGGCGGGAUCGCCACGCGCUUCCAGGGCGUGAGGAGCUCCGGGGCCCGCCGGUCCCAGGAUGCGCCGCCUCUGCGGCCGCUGCUGCUGGGACUCUUGCUGCUGGCUGCCCUUCCCGGGCACUGCCGAGCCGACUCCGGGACAGACAAUCUACAGAUACAUGUCACUCCGACCUCAGAGUCCGUUCCUCUCGGGAAAUUGUUACCAAUUUCACCAACAUGGCCUUUUUUGGAAGUCAAGUCUUCCUCAGGAGCAGAUAAAAUCAAGAACGUUCUGGGACAGCCUCCCGACAACACAAGCUUGCUGCAGCUAGCCCAGACACCUCUUCCCAAGGCACGCCACAAGACCAGGGCUCGUGUGGACUUCUCUUCAUCCCUUUACCAAGGAAGUGGACAUGGCGCCUCCCUGGAUCUUGCUAAGGACUCCAUUGAGACGGUGGUCCACCCCAGGCCUGAAGGGGAAAGAGAAGCAACAGCCAUGUCAGGUUUGCCUCACACCAGCAUGCUUUCCCCAUUGCUUAGAGCCCCACCAGCCACCUCGAGGGCUGCUUCCCCAUCACAGCCUCUGGUGGGGACUUCCUCCCUUUCAAAGCAUCCCUUGAGGUCAGACAGCCUUCCCCUUCUCCCUCCACUAUCAUCCUCUUCAUUGGUCCCUGGUUCAUCUCAUUCCAUCACUCCUAAGCCUAUAGAUCGCCCCACCAAAGUGCCUGUGUUUCCCCAAAUCACACCAGCUGAUUCCUCUUCAGGUCAGAACCCAGUUAAUGUCCUAAAACCAUUUUCUCACAAAACAAACCAUUUUUCAUCCAGAAAUGCCCGGACUUUCAUUAGUACCCCUCCUCUAGACUUUUCUAGAUCCUUAACAAAGCAGUACUCUGAGCUGGCCCCAUUAGGGAUUCCCCACUCAGCAGGUUCCCUGACUCCCGGGGCUCUGAGCUCCAUGGCAGAACUGUCUCUCCCUUCCGUAGCCCCUGGAGGCCUUCCAGGUGGAACCUCCUCGUGGCCCAUGUUGGAAGAGCCCUCGAGUUCUGCAUCCACCAAGCCAGGCCCCACCGCGAGGGCUGUCAGAGGGCGCAGUGGGGUAUUAUCGCCCAUUAAUCUGAGCACAGCAGCAGCAGGCUAUGAGGCUUGGCCCCUACAUGUCCAGACUACAGAGCCAGGGACAAGCAGCGGAGAGCUAGCCCCUGUUCCUCCUGCAAAUAGCGCCACCACCUGGCCACAUCUGGCAGCCGCUCUGGAGAAUUCCAGGAAGCCCUCCCGCUCCCCAGAAAACACCCCUUCCUCCUCGCUGCCUCCUCUGCCUCUCACUACACUCAGUCAAGAGCAAAUGGACCUUUCUGAGGCGGCUCCUGGAUCACCACUGAAGGGGACGGGCGCCCCUCCCUCCCUGCUUACCAUCCUCCAGCCCACUAGAGACCGUGCCUCCCCAGACCCCGUGCCGGAGGCCACCAAUCCCCGGAAAGAUAGCCGUGGUGAAUACCUUUCUGAUGUAGCCAUACGCCUCCUCUCCAGCAAACGUACUGAUCUUUCCCCUACAAUUUGGACAUUUCCUCAGCAAAAAGAGGACAGGGUUACAGCCGUUUUGGGGGAAAAUGAAAAGGCAAAUGGGACCGUUCCUCUGUGGGCCCUUCCAAAUAAAGAGGCGUCAAGUCUUCAUGCAGUGAGUGGAUUCACCUCUGAUUUUAACACAGGUCGUGUCUCGCCUCUCAUCAAGACAGCACUAAGAACAGACCUCUCUCCUUCAGGGUCACCUCCAUCAUCCAUGCUAGCCUCACAAGCCGCUCAGGCAGGUUCUUCUCCUGGCUCUUCCAGCACCAAGCUGGAGACUCUCGCAGCUGUGGCAAGCCAGUCUGCGUUGCCAGCUUCAGCUUCCAGACAGGUGCCAGCCCAUCCCUCCUCCCCCGAUGUCUAUGAGUUCCCAACAAUGGAAGGCACAAGAAAGCCAGCAGCCACAGAUGUUCUUUGGAGCUCUCUUGCUGCAGCAACUGCAUCCCUCUCCACAGAAUCGACAAUAUCUGGUUUGCCAUGGCAAACGGAUCAUGAUUUAAACACACCCACAAUUAGCUCCACAAGUUGGGAGCCUCCUCCAGCUUCAGCGACUCUUCCCAGCCGUACAAAUUCAGCUGCCAACGCGAUACAACCUCAGAAUUUCAAAGAGGCUGCUGGGCAGUUGGUGACGACAGACGGCUUUAACUUUCAGGAUCUAGUCUUCAGUCAGAGUGGCAAUCAGCCCCUCCGGCCAUUGGAAGGGGCCAUAGUUGAAAGCCACACAGACCUCUGGCUCACAAGCAAGCACCCAAGAGACUUUGACACAGCGAUAGCUGAUUAUUAUCCACCCACACGUCAACAUUCUAUGUCGCAGCUGCCUCUCCGGCCAGCCCAUCCUCUUUGGCCAACCUGGCCAAGCUUAGCUUCUGCAGCUAGCUUGCAGAGAAUGCUUUCAGAUGGAACAGACACAGAUUCACAAAUUUCCAGUGACACCUCUCUGUCACCAGGAAAGAUUGGCUCCCCACAAUUCCAGAGUGUCUUGGAAAACCAUCCAUCUACAGACUCCACUUCCGUAUCAACUGGUGCCUUUUCCAGGACCCCCUCCAAAGUGCUGCGAACUUCUCGGCGCCCCAAGACACGGACGGGUGCAGCCACUAAUGCAGGUAGUUCGCUUCCUGGUACCCAGAAAACAGUGGAAACCUCAGUGUCACCCAAGGGAGAACUGACAGCAACAGCUGCAGCCGCUGCCACCACCACCCUGUUUCUGAGGAAGUCAAGCCCAGCAGCGUUGUCUGCAGCCCUCACUGCUAAGGUCGCUGGCAGCAGCAGCAGUUUAGCCAAGAGCGGUCUGACCACAACUCUAGCUAAAAAUGUCACCAGCAAGGCAGCGUCCAGCCCAAAGGUGACAGCAGGGACAGUCUACACUGCCUUCCCAUUCACACCAACCUACAUGCUUGCCCGGACAGCACACAGCAUGAGCACACAUACAGCCACACAAGGGGCCACGGGCUCUGCUUCGGGUCUGUUGUCCACCACACACCUCCCCAAGAAACCACAAGCCAUGCACACGGGCCUCCCUAAUCCCACCAGGCCAGACACACCCAGAGCAUCCACCGCCCACCCGCUGACAAUCGCUGCUGCACUGACAUCCGUUACAGCGUCAGUAAAGGCCACGAGACUGCCAUCUCUGCAGACAGGAAACACGGACGCUGCUUUUCCGGCUGCGUCUACUGCGGUGGUCACAACUGGCAGGAUGGCAUCCAACUUGGACUGUCAGAUGUCCCACAGGCUCCUGGUGAAGACAGUUUUCUUCCUAACUCAGAGGAGAGUGCAGAGCAGCGAGUCCUUGAAGCUUGGUGUAACCAAAGGGCUCACGCAGGCACUGCGGAAGGCUUUCCACCAGAAUGAUGUCUCCGCUCACGUGGACAUCCUGGAAUAUUCCCAUAACGUCACGGUUGGCUACUACGCUACCAAAGGCAGGCUGGUGUAUUUGCCUGCUGUGGUGAUGGACAUGCUGGGUGUGUAUGGAGUCAGCAACGUCACUGCCGACCUGAAGCAACACACUCCCUCCUUACAGUCUGUGGCGGUGCUUGCCUCCCCGUGGAAGCCCCAGCCUGCAGGUGCCUUCCAGCUGAAGACAGUGUUGCAGUUCGUAAGCCAAACGGACAACAUUCAGUCCUGCAAGUUUGCCCAGACGAUGGAGCAGAGGCUGCAGAAGGCAUUCCAGGAUGCAGAGAGGAAAGUCCUUAACAGCAGGAGCAACCUGACGCUUCAGAUCGUGAGCACGUCCAAUGCCUCCCAAGCCGUCACACUGGUGUAUGCUGUGGGCAAUCAGAGCUCCUUCCUCAAUGGCACUGUGGCCAGCAGCCUCCUUAGCCAGCUCUCCGCUGAGCUGGUAGGAUUCUACCUCACUUACCCUCCGCUCACCAUCGCUGAACCACUGGAAUAUCCCAACCUUGAUAUAUCAGAAACGACCAGAGACUACUGGGUGAUCACAGUGCUCCAGGGCGUGGACAACUCGCUGGUAGGCCUGCACAACCAGAGCUUUGCCCGGGUCAUGGAGCAGCGUCUAGCCCAGCUCUUCAUGAUGUCCCAGCAACAGAGCCGGCGGUUUAAGCGGGCCACCACCUUGGGAAGCUAUACUGUGCAGAUGGUAAAGAUGCAGCGAGUGCCAGGACCAAAGGACCCAGCAGAGCUGACGUACUACACACUGUACAACGGGAAGCCAUUGCUGGGGACUGCAGCAGCCAAGAUCCUGAGCACCAUCGACUCCCAGAGGAUGGCCUUGACCCUGCACCACGUUGUCCUUCUACAGGCUGACCCCGUGGUGAAGAAUCCACCCAACAACCUGUGGAUCAUCGCCGCAGUGCUGGCCCCCAUCGCCGUGGUCACUGUUAUCAUCAUUAUCAUCACUGCAGUACUCUGUAGGAAGAACAAGAAUGACUUCAAGCCAGACACCAUGAUAAACCUGCCUCAGAGAGCAAAGCCCGUGCAAGGCUUUGACUACGCCAAGCAGCAUCUGGGCCAGCAAGGGGCAGACGAGGAGGUCAUCCCUGUGACGCAGGAAACGGUGGUCCUCCCCAUACCUGUCAGAGAUACUCCUCAGGAGAGAGAAACGGCCCAGGAGGGGAGCACCAUCAAGACGGCUAAGUCUACGGAAACCAGAAAGAGCAGGUCGCCCAGUGAGAAUGGUUCUGUCAUCAGCAACGAAUCAGGGAAGCCCAGCUCGGGGAGGCGCUCACCCCAGAACGGAAUGACACAGCAGAAAGUGACAAAGGAGGAGGCCAGGAAGAGAAAUGUGACAGCAAGUGAUGAAGAGGAGGGAGCCGGUCUCUUCGACAGUGCCGGCAAGGCACCAGCAGAUCCCUUUGACACGUCCUCUGGAUCCGUGCAGCUCAUAGCCAUCAAACCGUCCGCUCUGCCCGUAGUGCACCCUGCCGCAGACAGGGGGCAGGAGUCCUCGGCGGCACUCAAUGGUGAGGUGAACAAGGCUCUGAAGCAGAAAUCAGACAUUGAGCACUACCGGAACAAACUGCGUCUGAAAGCUAAGAGGAAGGGGUAUUACGACUUCCCCGCAGUGGAAACAAGCAAAGGCCUGACAGAAAGGAAGAUGUAUGAGAAAGCCCCAAAGGAAGUGGAGCAUGUGUUGGACCCAGACCCAGAAGUGUGUCCUCCCUUCACAGAGUCUAAAAGCAGGCAACAGAUGAAGAACUCUGUCUACCGAAGCCGGCAGUCUCUGAACAGCCCAAGUCCAGGAGAAACCGAGAUGGACCUUCUGGUCACACGGGAGCGACCCCGGCGUGGCAUCCGGAACAGUGGAUACGAUACUGAGCCCGAGAUCAUAGAGGAAACCAAUGUCGAUAGAGUCCAUGAGCCCCGGGGCUACGGCAGAGCGCGGCAGGUGAAGGGCCACUCAGAGACCUCCACGCUGAGCUCACAGCCUUCCAUCGACGAAGUCCGGCAACAGAUGCACAUGCUUCUGGAGGAGGCCUUCAGCCUGGCAUCCGCCGGCCACGCAGGCCAAAGCCGGCACCCAGAGGCCUACGGCUCUACGCAGCACCUGCCAUACUCAGAGGUGGUAACCAGUGCUCCAGGGACGAUGACGCGGCCCAGGGCUGGAGUGCAGUGGGUGCCCACCUACCGCCCAGAAAUGUACCAGUACAGUCUGCCCCGGCCGGCUUACAGGUUUUCCCAGCUUCCUGAAAUGGUCAUGGGCUCUCCCCCGCCCCCUGUACCUCCCAGGACAGGCCCUGUGGCUGUGGCUUCACUCAGGCGGUCCACCUCAGAUAUCGGCAGCAAGACCAGAAUGGCGGAGUCCACAGGACCCGAGCCCGCCCAGUUGCACGACAGUGCCUCGUUUGCCCAGGUGUCCAGAGGUCCCGUGUCGGUGACACAGUUGGAUCAGUCGGCUUUGAAUUACUCAGGUAACACAGUGCCAGCGGUGUUUGCCAUCCCGGCUGCCAACAGACCGGGCUUCACCGGCUACUUCAUCCCAACACCCCCCUCCUCCUACAGGAACCAGGCCUGGAUGUCCUAUGCAGGGGAGAAUGAGCUCCCGAGCCAGUGGGCUGAUUCGGUCCCUCUUCCUGGGUACAUCGAAGCCUAUCCCCGGUCACGUUAUCAACAGAGCUCACCCUCCAGGCUCCCUCGCCAGUACAGCCAACCAACCAAUCUUCACCCAAGCCUAGAGCAGGCCCCUGUCCCCUCUACAGCGGCCUCACAGCAGAGCCUGACAGAAAAUGAGCCUCCAGACACCCCGUUGACCAACAUUUCCACUGCAGCCCUUGUGAAGGCGAUCCGGGAGGAAGUGGCCAAGCUGGCCAAGAAGCAGACAGACAUGUUUGAGUUCCAGGUCUAAUGCCUCAGCCCUGAGGGAAUCUGCCCUUGAAGACUGUGAGGCAACAAACAGGCUUUGGGUUCCUCUCCACUGAUGUGUGGGGUCUCCAGACAAUGCAUGGGUCUUUCUCAUCCUCAGAUUCAAAAAAACGUCAACAGUGAGGCUGCUGGGAAACAGAAAACUUGUGAACAACUGGAUUCUGACUCCUGCAGCCAACUGUGGGUCAGCAAGUCCCUAGCUGGUACCCUGCAUUUGAUGUUCUGCUGGGCUAAAUGUUUGAACUGUGGGUGGAAUUUCCCCAAGGAGCCCUAGUCGUGAGAGGCACUAGCUAGCCUGCAGGUUCCUGUCCAGUGUCCCAUUUUAGUAAACCGUCAGAAGGGAGAGACUGCCUCUCUGUCUUCAGCGGGCUCUGCAUGUUCUCUUUCUGUGUUAAAGGCAACACAGGAGUGUGAUUAACCACCAGACUGUACUCUCUCAUUGAGCCAUGACCGUGACCGCUUUCAAAAUCACCUCUAGUCUGUAAGGGAAAUACGGACUCUCCAGCCAAGAAACUCGAGUCUCUUCGCUUUUAAAGGCUCAUGUUCAAAGUCAAAUGAAUUGGAUGGAAAUCAGUUCCAGUGGCUGUGCCUAUAAAUAGUCCUUUCUGCCCCCCAAAACACACACCUGCUAAUUAAAGGCCAAGAGCGAGAGAGGCGAUGAGCCAGAAUGGGGGACUUGCAUGGACAGGCUGUUUAAAAGGUGCUGUCAUUUUGAAAAUAAAGUCUUCUGCAAAUUGGGAUCCAAAUGAAAGGGGAUCGGUGCUAAGAGGCUUGGGAGCCUGUAAAAGAGAAGCAGUUAUUUGUGGAGGUUUUUCUUUGUACUGAAGAUGGCCUGAGAACCCGGCCAUCCUGGGGAAAUAAUAGAUACAGCAACUUUAACAAGAUCUGUCUCCUCCAUAGUGGAGUCUAGCACGUGCUGCUAGCGGUACAAAGAAAACCAUUAUUGAUUAAGGUAGAGAUGGGAAAGAUGGAUCCACAGUCACCCCACCCUGCAACCUCUGCGUCUAGCAACUUGUAAAUGUAGAAAAUCUGAUUUGAGAUGAAAUACAAAGUCUGGAGUUCACCAGUUCUCCGUGGUGGAUGAACGCAGGAGGGCAUUUGCUGAGAUGGCAGGAUGCUACCUUGGGAUGGUGCUGUCCCAUGCUACUCUCUCUGGCAUGGCACAUCAGCCUACAGAGUCCUGGGUGGAAACACUGCCUUGCAGCUCUGGGGUACACUGAUGACUCCUCUGUGCAAAUAAGACUGAUUUGGGGUACCAGAGGAAAAGGGAACCCAGAGUUUCCUCCCCAAUUUUGGGAGUCAUGUAUGGUGUCAGGGGGCUUAUUUGGUGUCUGUUGGAGAAUAUGGUCCUACCCUGCCUUCACCCAUGACCCAUCUCGCUUCAGCUGUACCUACGCCCCUCUGAACCCAUCUAUCCAUUGUCUCCAUGAGUUUCUUUGGUCUUUACUGAAAGGAGGUUGAGAGAAGAGUAGGAUUGGAACUGAUUAGACUGGGAGACUCAAACUGUCAAAGCACAGACUUGCCCAAGAAGCUCUUUUUAUUUCCCUCUGGCAAACUGUCCUUUCUGGAAUGUUCUGAGAUCUGUCAUGGGAUCCCCAGACAAGUCUCUUGUGGGGGUGGCAUUAGGUAGUGUCCUUUUAGUAUGCCGGUUGAUCUUUCAUAGCGUUAGUUUUUUGUUACUUAAUACGAAAUCAGCUAUAAAUAAAAAUGUAUUUUUGUAAUUUCCGUGUGUAUAUAUGGUAUAUUUCUACCAAUGGCCAGUUGUAAUCCAAACUGAAAUCAGCUUGCAGAACACUGUGGAGAGUGCAGGAUUUUACCGACAGAUGAAUACAAUGCCUAAAUCUAUCCAGACGGGCAUUUGAUGCACUUGAAUGAACAAAGAGCCAAAGAAACUCAGCCUUUUCAUGCAAACUAUGUCAAUCGUCUACAGCCAGCUACAUUGGUCCACUUUAUCAAUAAUACCAAUAUUUCAUCAACACAGUACUGUGUGGACUUGGUAAAUGUUUGGAAUAUGAGAGAGAAGUUUCUAGACUACAGAAUAUGAAUGCUUCAAAAGACAGUGUCUAAGCUCUGGGUUCCAAGAGUUUCCAGAUCAUGGCUCUAGGGUUAGCCGUGGUGUGGCUCCAGAUUGCCAGGGCAGUGGAACUACAGCUCACUGGGGUCUUCACAGAACCCCAUGGAAUAUUUAGUUCAUUGGGACAAUUAAAAUAUAGCAUGAUAAAUCAAAUACUAUUAAACUAGAUUCCAUGGGUUCAAGAAGUCUGUUGAAGAAAACUUCAAAUUAUUAAAAAAAAAAAAAAACUAAUGAGUUCAUAUUUUUCCACCAUGGUUAAAGCCUUCUGGGACAAAGAUGUGAUCCCUUCCCUAAAGAGUCUCCCAGGCUUAUAGAGGUGUUAGGUCCCAGAACAGAAGACUCUGAGGAGUUCAGAGGGGAAUCACCACAGAGGUGUGAACAUGGAGAACCCAGAGGAGGCACAGUGAGCUCAGAUUGUCAAGCUCUUCCAGAUAGGCACAGAAGCCACAGAGGAUCUCAGUGACUUGGAAGGACAAAAACCCACAUCCAGACACUGAGGGUUGAGCCCACGUCUGCUGAUUCAUGCCCCAGCCUACUCUCCCUUUGACCAUGUUGCCUGUACACCUUGUUGGAGACACAUUUCUUUAACUGUGCCCAGAAAUUUAGUAAGUAGGCAAGGGUCAAGUGAGUAACUCCAUAAUACUCUUGCCAAAAAAUUCGGGGGUGGGGGAACCAAUUUAUUCCAGAAAGUAGCACUGAAGAAACAAUGUCCUUGAAAGCCAGUGGGGGUAACUUACUUAUUCAGCACCACGGGUCAAAAAGGCAGGCAAGAAAGCCCUGACCCUCUGUAACUUCACCAGGUGACCCAGAAAGCCAAGAACAUAAAGGUCUCUCGUGGCCUGGUACCUCUGACCUGAGGCUUGUGCUGGAACAGGGAGGCAGCUCUGAGCUACAGAGCAGAGCGGGAAGGAGCCUCUUUGAAGGACACUGUCCCAGGAGAGGUAAUACCAUCUGCUUGUUACUUUAAGAGCCCCCUCCCAAAAAGACAUAAACCAAAACAUGCAAUUUCUGAAUAACGUUGACUCAAGAAAAGAAAUAAUAUCUGUGAUUGAGGGUAGGUAGACUAGAAAACAUUGUAAAAUUCUUACUUCUAAGUAAAAGAAAUGCUUCCCUACCAGGCAAAAAUUGAAAUGGAUCAAGAAAUAUUGAUUUCAGCCGGGCGGUGGUGGCGCACACCUUUAGUCCCAGUACUUGGGAGGCAGAGGCAGGCAGAUCUCUGUGAGUUCGAGGCCAUCCAGGUCUACAAGAGCUAGUUCCAGGACAAGCUCCAAAGCUACAGAGAAACCCUGUCUCGAAAAGAAAAACAGAAA